AUGUCUGAUCCAGACAUACCCGGAUCCAGCCUCACAUGCUGGCUCCUAGACACUCGAUCAAUAUGGCCUGGCAAGAAGAUCGUAGACUCGGCAUCCGCCAGAGAAGCACUCCAGCUCGUCAGCCCUGAGGAGCGCGAGAACAUCACGAGGAAAUUCCACAUUGCGGAUGCUCGCAUGAGCCUGGGUUCUGCUCUGCUCAAACGCCUGUUCGUGCAUAAAUCACUUGGGGUACCAUGGAAAGAUAUCACAUUCGGCCGCAAACGUGACCCCAAGCAUGGGAAACCAUGUGCCCUCCUCCCGCCCUCCCCUUCAAACCCCUCCACCCCCAUCCCCGCACCCCUUGAGUUCAACAUCUCCCACCAAGCCGGCCUCGUCGUGCUCGUAGGCUGCAAGACCGCCGACCUAGACGCCGAACUCGGCGUCGACAUCGUGUGCGUGAAUGAGCGCAAUGAGUACCGCACAAUCGACAGCGAAGGCUUCGACGCGUGGAUCGACAUAUACUCAGAGAUCUUCAGCGACGAGGAAUCCUGGGACAUGAAGUACAACUGCGACGCGUUCCCCCUCCUCAACGGAAAGAUUGUCACUCCAGCUAUACUCCAAGCCCAUCGCCAUGACAGAUGUACGCGGCGCAACCAGACGCUGAAAGUCAAGCUUGAUGGCGAGGACGUGACCUUCGACUCGGAACUCGUGAUCGACGCCAAGUUACGUAGGUUUUUUACCUUCUGGUGCUACAAGGAGGCGUAUAUCAAGUUGGACGGCGAGGCGCUCCUCGCGAAAUGGAUCCCCCGGCUCGAGUUUAGGAAUGUCAGGGCGCCGAAGCAGGGCACUGUAGCGCGGUGCUCGACGCACGGGACGUGGGGCGAGCGCGUGUGCGAUGCGGAGGUCUGGUUCACUAAAGCUGCGGGAAGUGGUGGGCCUGCGGGCGUGGAUGCGUUGAAUAUGAGGAGCGGAGAGAGUCGACGUUUGGACGAUACGAGAGUGGAGAUCCAGGCUUUCGAAGAGAAUUUCAUGAUUGGGGUUGCGGCGAAGAUGAGGAGUAGCACGAUUGAGGGAGGCGGGAGGUUGCCGGAGGUGUUGACGAAGUUUGAGGGGUUGGAUUUGGAGGCGGAUGUCAUGGGUGUUGCGCGUGCUGCAUGA